AUUCGUGACUUAAAAUUGACAACCACAAAUGGUUUGUAUAUAUUAUCCUUUUUUUAAUAUAAAAAGUGCGUUUAGUGUUUUGUUUAGUACGUAAAAAAUGCGAUCCUCGAGAAAAUAACAAUUUCGGAUUUUCGCACGGUUUGUUACGUUAUAGAGGAUACAUAGAAAAUCGCUUCGAAUGAUUUGUCCGAGUUAAACCGCUACAAAUGGCGUCCGAUAUUGAUGCUUCCUGUGAAAACGACCCAAACUUCGCAGUAAUUUGCGCCUUUCUGGAAAAAUUCGGCGAACAAUGCGAUUUGCCCAGUGUGGAUUUUUUAGAUUUGCAAGAGAUGCUGGAAAACUCUGAUGAAGUCCAUCCACGUCUUCUAAACCUCAUCUUGAAACUGCUAAGAAGAGUCAAGAAGGCGGUAAAACCCGACAAAUGGGAGAAGCAUCUGAGCUUGGUUUGCCACAGAUUUAACACUCAGGAUGCCUGGGAGUUGGAGCGUUUCGGCUACAAAAAAUCCAAACUCACAACAAAAGUUCGAGUACUGAAGGAAUUACUAGAGAUGCAAUUUGACUACAACACAAAGUUUAAGAACGAGGUGAACAAAAUAUCAGCGAACGAUUUGAGAUCUCAACCGCUCGGCAGAGAUAAAACCGGGCACAAUUAUUGGUUUCAAUCCGACGAGAACUACCAGAUUAGAGUCUACAAAGAAGAUACCGAUGAGGAAACCUGGUCCCUUAUUGCAAAAGAUAGAGGCAGUCUCGUUAAUUUAAUCAACAAUUUGAACGACGGUGACAGCAAAAUCAGCUCAGAUUCAGCCGUUAACGAAGACAGUAAUUCCCUAUCGGAAAAACCCGUUAUAGAUACAGGCCAAAACGAUGAUGAAGAAGAAGAAGAAGAUGAGAUUAAAACCAUAUCAAAAGGAAAUUUAGAGGAAGAAGAAACGUGUCAGGACGCGGUACUCGAAGAAAAACAGAAACCCGAAGAUGAUAGUUCGAUAAAACAUUUAGCGAAGAAAAUUAAAUUAGACGAAUCCGACAAAGCUCCGAUCAAGUCUGAAGAAACCGGCAAGAAACGAUCGAGUUCCGAUAAGGACCAAUUGAACGACAGUGGGAAAGUUUUGAAAGUAGAAUUAACGCCAAUCGUAUCUAAAGAAAUCGAAGAGGAGAAAUUAAUUGUCACGGGCGAAGGUUCCGGAGCAGAUAACGAAUCUUAUCCGAUCGUUGAAGAUGAAAUCGAAGAGGAUGUUAUGUACUUUUACGGAGAAGGAAAUGGCGUCGAUUGUCAAACCGGCAACGAGGACAAAUCUGAGAAAGUCGACGAGAAAACAAACACACAAAACGACAGUAUUAGUUCAAAUUUAGAUGUAAGUAAAAGCAACGCAGAUGAUGCGAAACAAGUUCCUGAUAAAUCGAUUGAUAUAGAAAGCAACAGCAAAUCAGACAAUAACAGUAACAAAGAAGAAACGACGGAACCUGCCAAGAAGAGCGCCUUUUUCUUCGGUUCGCCUGUAAAAAAUUCCAUCCCGCCUUCGCUCACGUUAGGUUUCGGCCAAAAUUACAAAUCUAACGAAUCGACUGAAGAAGCUAAUUCUGCUAAAGAAGAAGUCGAUAAUAUUGAGAAAGAAAAGUUAAUAAUACCUCAAAAUGAGCCCGUCGUAAAGCAAUCAAUUGAACAACCUAAAGAAGAAGAACCAAUCCAAUGUCCUGUUGAGAAAGAACCCGUUCCAUGUCCUGUCGAGAAAGAACCCGUUCCAUGUCCUGUCGAGAAAGAACCCGUUCAAAGCCCUGUCGAGAAAGAACCCGUUCAAAGUCCUGUUGAGAAAGAACCAGUUCCAUGUCCUGAUCAAAAUGAGCCCAUUCAAAGUUCUGUCGAAAAAGAACCCAUUCAAAGUCCUGUCGAAAAAGAACCCAUUCAGUGCGCUAGUGAAGAAGAAUCAAAGCAAACUCCUGUUGAAAAUCAGUCGAGUGAAUGUAUUACUAAAGAAGAACCAAUACAAUCUUCUGUGGAAAAGGAACCAGUUCGGUUAUCUAUUGAAAAAGAACCAGUCCAACAGUCAGUUGAAAAAGAACCAAUAGAAAGUACUAAUGAAGGUGAACAACCGGUCGUAGAAGAAAUAUGUAUUAAAAAAUCGGCCUACGUAUGUGGUAAAGAAGAAUCCGAUGCUAAUUCGAAAGAGACCGAAAAAUCUACUGACAAAAACGAGGAACCCGAAGUAAAACCUUCAUUAGAAGAGUCUGAUAACAAGAAUAUUAUUCCGGAUAAACCUGCUGCUCCAACAGAAGCAACAGAAAUCCCGGAAAAUACAUCCGAAUCUACCAAAACGAGCGAUGUUACUACAGAAGAUAUAAAACCAAGAGAAGUCGAAGUUACGGAUAAGCCGGAGGAAAAACCGAGCGAUGUUCCACCGCCUACUGAACUGAAAAAAUCCCUCAGAUCAGUCCGAAGUAAAAAAGCCAACGCGGCCAAAAACAAACCGGACAAACCGGAAGAUCCCCUCCAGCAAGAAGACGUCACCACGGAGGUAGUUUACGUCAAAGGUCGAAGGAACAGAAUGAAGAAAACCGUCGACGAGAGUCCUUCCAACAUAACCAUCAACAAGAAGCCUAAAUUGUUAGAAGAAAACACGCCGGAAAAAGAGGAUACAGCAAAAGUUAUCGAGGAACCGGAGCCCAAAUCGAAAAGCGGCGAAUCCUCGCCCGCCUCCGUCGCCGAUUCCGUCAUAACCAUGCCGGAAUCCUGCGACAGCCUGGGAGACCCGCCCCCCGAAAAGGACCCGCUCGCCGAAUCCGAACCGGACGAGGACGCCGCCUCCGCCUCCGCCAAACCCAUCAACCUGCAAUCGUUCUCCUUGGACUUCAACGAAUCCUCCACGCCGCCUCCGAUGCCCGUCAUUCCGCCCGCCGCCCGGACGCUCCGAAAGAGAGGCCGCGACGCCAGCCCCGAAGAGGUGAAAGAGAUCGAAGGCCAGGACGGGAAAAGGCGGAAAAUUAAGGGCAAGAGACAAAUAGAUUUGGAGCUGAGGAAGAGCAUCGAACAGAAGAAAGAGCAGCAGAUCAGCAGCAGCGACGAGGUGGUGGACGCCUCCGACGGCGACGCCAAAUCGAAGAAGAAGAAACCGAUGUCGAAGAACAAGAAGGCGGUUUCUAAUGUGAAAGGCAGCGACGACGAUUCCACCAGCACUCCCACCGCGACGCCCGUGAAACCUAAGAAAGUCAUUAAUCGAAACCCCGAAAACAAAAACAAAAGACUAUUGGCCGGACUCGACAUAUCCCCGUCCGAAUUAUACCUAACCGGCGUAAGACAGUCCAGAAGAUUGGCGCAAUUGAAGAUUAAAGAGCAGAUCGAAGUGCCCAAGAAGUCGAAGAGCAAAGACGACAAAGACAAGGAGAAGAAGAAGAAAACCGAUAAGGACUCGUCGAAGAAGAGCGACAAGAAGAUCGACGACGAUUCGUCCGAGCAGGAGUACGAAUCGAAGUCGCGGAAAAAGCGAAAGAACAAGUACAAGGAUCCGAGCAAGAUCUUCGACGAGCACCGGCCUUGGCGGUCGAGCAGCGGCUCCAGCGACGACGACAAGGACGACGUCGAAGAGGAGGAGGAGGCGAUCGAAGAGGAAGAACCGGCGUUGGAGUUCAAAUCCGAUCACGAAUUCUCGCCGGAGAGCGACAUCGGCUCCGACGGCGAGGACUAUCAGCCGCCCAAAAGGGCCAGGACCGCCAAGAAGAAGAGCUACGAAGAAUCCGGAGAGGACGAAGAAGACGGCGACGACGAGGAUUUCCCGUGUCAAAAAUGCGGCAAAUCCGACCAUCCCGAAAUGGUGUUGCUCUGCGACAAAUGCGACAACGGUUGGCAUUGUUCCUGCUUGAGACCGCCUCUGCUGAGCAUCCCCGAAGGCGAUUGGUUCUGCCCGCCCUGCCAACACAUACAAUUGGUGGAGAACCUCCACGCCAAGCUGGUGGAGUACGACAAGAAGCUGGUGAAGAAGGACCUGGAGGACAGGCGCAAGGAGCGGCUCGCCUACGUCGGCAUCAGCCUGAACAACGUGUUGCCGUCGCGCGAAAAGGAGCACAGGAAGAAGAGGCGCCGGCAAUCGGACGAUUCGGAGUCGAGCCACGUGGAGGAGAACAGCUCGGAGACGGGCGAAUCGGAGGAGAGCGACGAGGAGAGCGACAGCGACGAGCCGAUCUACCAAUUGAGGCAGCGCCGGCAGGCGAAAAGCUACAAAUUCAACGAGUACGACGAGCUGAUCAAGUCGGCCAUUCAGGAGGAUUUGGAGGAGAGAGACCAAGAAUCAAUACCGAUGAAGAAAACCAGAGGUAAAGAUAUAGCUACGAUCGUUCGAGCGGAGGAAUUGGAUCGGAUCGAACGGGAGAAGCAGGAGAAGAUGAAGGACGGUCAACCGGACGAGGAGGAGAAUCCGGAAGAGAUUCCCGAAGAACCGUCGGAGGAACCCGUCGAAGAGGCUGUGACAAAGACUGAAGAAGAGGUGGUUGAAGAGGAGCCCAAACAGGAGGAAGAAGUUCCGGAGGCCAAACCGGCGGUGACCAAAGGCAGAAGGAGGAAAAAGAAGACGAACUUCAAGACGUUGGAGUUCAGCAGCGAAGAGGACGACGAGAAAGAUGAGGAUUUCAAAGGGACAAGCUCUAGCUCGGAGGAAGAAGAAGACGAUAUAGACGAAGAAAGCGAAGAUAGCGAAGAUUACGAUAUCGGUCGCAAAAGUAAAUCUUCUAAACCUACUCGACGAUCAACAAGAAGUAGAGUAGCCCGUUGGGAUUCAGAUUUCAUUAACGACGACGACGACGAUGUUCCGAAGAAGAAGAAGAAAACUCGAUACUUCAGCGAAUCCGAAUCGUCGGAAUCUGAGAGAGGAUGGGGCAAAAAGAAGAAGAAGAAGGCUAACGUCGUGAGAAAGAAGAAACAGAACAUAUUAGACGAGCUAUCUGAUUUGGAAAGAGGCAUUAAAAAGCGACCUAAAAUAAAAUACGGCGGAUUAUCCUCCAGCGAGGAAGAAAUAGGAAGAAGGCGAAGAACCAGAGGGAAAAAGACCACGUACAUCGAUACGUUAGGAUCGGAUAGCGAUGAUGAAAGAAAAAGGAGAGAUAAACUGGGCAUAGUAAGCGACGAUUACGACGACGAGGAUUUCGUGGCGAACGAAGACGAGGAGGAGGAAGAGAAAGAAAGCGAAGAAAUCGAAGAGAACGACGACAACGACGACAAGGAAGCCGAGAGGAAAACGUUCGUGCCGAAGAUAUACAUCAAGAAGCCGUUGAACGCGAAAGACGGGGAAAAAUCGAAGGAAACCGACGUCACGAAGGAGAACAGGGAUAACAACGAACAGGACGAAUCGGCGACGACCAACGGCGAAGAAGGUAAAAACGGCAAAUCCGAGAAGAACAAGAUGAUUGAAAAAUUGAAGGAAACGCUCGAAAGGUCCAAGGCAGCUAAAGUGAAUGCGAUUCGACAAAACGACGGUAGCAAAGACGUCGAUGUAAACAACGAUAACCUCACCGAGAUGGAAAACGAGAAGAAGAAAAGAAAAGUAGCCGUAGGGGAAGGACACAUCGAAGAUGUUCAAGGGAAGCGCGUCAUGAACAUCGUUCACGAGCCGAUAAUUAGCAACGUUACGAAUAUGAUCAGAAACGAUGACAGUAACGAUGAGUUAUCCGAACCACCGAUGGGCGUCGCUCUGCCAUUGUUCGAGGAACUCUCCCAGAAGGACUCCGAUGAUCCGGCAAAGAAAAAACGAGGCCGAGGCAGGACCAAAAAGACCCUCGAAGAAACGCUGGCCAAUUUGGGCAGCAAAAAAUCGACCUCGACCGAAGCGGAGUGCAACAUCGAGAUAGCCGCGCCGCCCCAACCGUUCGCCCAAUCCGCCCCCGCGCCCUCCGUCAUCACCAGGAUGUUGCAAUCGAAGCCCGGCCCUGGAUCGACGGCCAACUACCCAGUGGGCACCAUCAGACCCAAGCAAUUCGCCACCAUGCUCGACGAAGAGGACGACGAAGCCAAGAGCAAAGCCGGCCUCGUCGUCGGCCCGCCGCCCCCGCCCGCAUCCUACCCGCCUCCCGGAGGACCUAUUGGUUUACCUUACAGGCCUAUGUAUAGGAACCUCAACCAUUAUUCGCCGGGGAUGUUGCCGCCUCAUCAGAUAAGAGGUCCCCCGCCGACGGUUCCACCAGGAAUGCACCCGCCACACGGUUACCAACCGCACCGUUUCGUGGAUCCUUCACCGUCCGGCGGCGGUACCAUCAAUUUAUCGGACGCCAACGCCGCCGACCAGCCGCCGCCUUCGGUCAGCCCCGGUAAAUCGGAGCCGCACAACUACUCGCGCACCGCCGCCCCCGCUAAUCGAUUCGAACCGCGCGCGCUUCUCGCGAUCAAUUCCGAUCGUCCGGCGGGAGCGGCGCGCGCCGCCUACCCGGCGCCGAGAACGGGGGCGGCGCCGCCGCCGCCACCGGCCGGCUUCUACGGGCCGUACCACGGGCCGCCGUACGAGGAGGCGCCGCCGGCGGCGGCGGCGUACGAUGAGCGGUUCGACGGGGCGGCGGAGGCGGCGGAGCGGGCGCCGAUCGGCGAGGAGGAGGAGACGGGCGGCGAAUUCGGCGGGCUGGUGUCGUACUUUUCGAGCCAGCGGAACGAGGAUUUGGAGUCGUAGGUCGUGGCGUAAGUGGACUUGGUCGGUUCAAUUUCUUGAUUUGUUAAGGUGGAGUUCGAAUUUAGUUUUAAUCUCGUGCGAAUAUUAGGGGUGGGUUUUAUCGUACGGUAAAUUCGAUUUGUGUUGUUUCUGUUCUGUGACACAGAUUUAAGUACUAUUUGACUUUUUUUUUGAAUGAGAUUAAUCUAUUCUGGGGUAGUUUAGUAUUUUUUAGAGUGGUAUUACCGAUUGCUUCAAUUCAGACCGCGACAAGGUCGUUUCUAUGAGUUGAACAAAGAAAGAUUAUUAAAAUGACAGUUGUCAGAGUGAAAAGUUGCAAUGACACAAAUGUCACUCUUUCUUUUUCUUUUAUAAGUGUCUAAUGAAAGUUAUCUUUAAUCAGCGAUCUGGAAUGAAGCACAGUGGAUAUGCGAAUUUACUGUAUGGUAUGAACGAUGUGAAACUAAUAAUAGAAGUUUGAUAUUUCGGAGUGAUUUUCUGCAGAGUACAGUGUGGAUUGUUUCGUACUAAAUUUUGAUAGAAUUAAGUCCGCCGAUUAUUUUGGGAGCGAUUACGAAAUUGAGCCUAAUUGUAGAAUGAGAAGAAAGUGAAAGUCACUAUAAAUUGACAUCAAAUAAAAUUUGAUAAUAAAUUAAAUGAUAGGUAUAAAUUAAUUACGAAAAGUUUUAUAAUAUAUUAGAAUAUUAAUUUUUACAUAAAUCAUUCAUUUUUUUUGGGUUGUAGGAGAAUUUUUUAGUAGCAACUAAUCUAAGGCAAUAAUAAUUCUACUUCUCUGACAUUGUAAAAUAUGUAAUUUUUUACAAUGAAUAUUACAUUAUUUUAUUACAAUGUUAGUUAAAAUUUACACUCUAUUUUACAAUAUACACAGUCAAGAAUUCUCUUAUGACUCUAUAAUUCACACCUCAAAAAAACUUUAUAAUUAUCUUUAUUCCAUUUAUUUAAAUGUAAAUAUAUCUGAAUGUGUACAUAGUGUGUAUAUAAUAUGCAUAUAAUUUUUUUCCAUAUAACUGGAAAGUGAUAAUAUAGGAAUUAUGAACUGUAACGUUGUAAUAUUAUUUAUAAAAACCAAAUAUGUUAUUUAUCAUGUCUUUUUUUCUUUAAAGCGUAUACUCAGUUGUGAUUGAAUAUAAAUGUACUUACAGUUUAAUUCGUCGAUUUUAAUUUAACGUUAUAAAGUGGUUUCUACGGGCAGUUUCUUUAUUUGAGAUUAAAUAUUAGAUUACAUUUAUUUUGAAUGCACAAUUGAGGAAAGAAUAUUUUUAUAUAUUUUUAAUAAAUGAAAGGUGUGAUAGAUUUUGGGAAAUGUAUAUUUUUAGUGUCAACAUACGUGGACUAAAGUUUCAUUUUUUCAUAAAAUCGAUAAUCUCAAAUUUAAUUUGUACUUUUUUGUAAUCAUCGUUUUACAUGUAUGUACAUUUCUAUUAUUUAAAAAAAAUACGAAAUGAUUUUUGAUGAAAAAAUGAAAUUUAUAAAAUUUAAUGGUAGGUAAUCACCUUGCAUAAAGAGUAAGUUAAUUUUUGAAAAAAUAGAGUCGUAUACAACCUAUCCUAAUUUUAAGAUAUAAUCUGUGCAAUUUUCUUUUAUGUGUUUACACGAUUGCUCUUGCAGCCAUUCUUCAUUUCUUAAAUUUAUUUUGUAUCUAGUAUUUUCAUUUGUGUACUUUAUCUUUUAAAUGUAAUAAACACUUAAACUAAUUGUAAAUU